GGAGGGCGGGGCCGGGCGCGGAGCAGGAGCAGAGCGCGGCUGCAGAGUGAGCAGCAAGCAGUGGGGAGACACAGCCCUACGCCCCAGCCAGCCUCCGCGUGUGUUCCCUCUGUCGGGAGAGCGCCAAUGCCCGGGCCGACCCAAACCUUGUCCCCAAAUGGCGAGAACAACAACGACAUCAUCCAGGAUAACGGGACCAUCAUUCCUUUCCGGAAGCACACAGUGCGCGGGGAGCGGUCCUACAGUUGGGGAAUGGCGGUCAACGUGUAUUCUACCUCGAUAACCCAGGAGACUAUGAGCAGGCAUGACAUCAUUGCAUGGGUUAAUGACAUCGUGUCUCUGAACUACACGAAAGUGGAACAGCUCUGUUCAGGAGCAGCCUAUUGCCAGUUCAUGGACAUGCUCUUCCCAGGCUGUAUUAGUUUGAAGAAAGUAAAAUUCCAGGCAAAGUUGGAGCAUGAGUAUAUUCACAAUUUUAAACUUCUGCAGGCAUCAUUUAAACGGAUGAAUGUUGAUAAGGUAAUUCCAGUGGAGAAGCUGGUGAAAGGGCGUUUCCAAGACAACCUGGAUUUUAUUCAGUGGUUUAAGAAAUUCUACGACGCUAACUAUGACGGGAAGGAGUAUGAUCCUGUGGAGGCACGGCAAGGACAAGAUGCAAUUCCUCCCCCUGACCCCGGUGAACAGAUCUUCAACCUGCCCAAGAAGUCUCACCACGCAAACUCCCCCACAGCAGGUGCGGCUAAAUCAAGCCCAGCAGCUAAGCCGGGAUCCACACCUUCCCGUCCCUCGUCUGCCAAAAGGGCUUCGUCCAGUGGCUCCGCAUCCAGAUCUGACAAAGACUUAGAAACGCAGGUCAUACAGCUCAACGAGCAGGUACAUUCGUUGAAACUUGCCCUAGAAGGCGUGGAGAAGGAGAGGGAUUUCUACUUCGGGAAGUUGAGAGAGAUUGAACUGCUGUGCCAAGAACACGGGCAGGAAAACGAUGACCUCGUGCAGCGACUUAUGGAAGUGCUCUAUGCUUCAGACGAGCAGGAGGGCCAAACAGAAGAGCCAGAAGCGGAAGAGCAAGCCCAUGACCAACAGCCCCAGCAGCAAGAAGAGUACUGAACCAUCUCAGCAGCUCUUGACACAUCCAUCGUGUGUGGGGACUUUUCUUCUGGAGAAUUGGAACGUGUGUGGCCUGGAGCUCAGUAGAAACCAGCUGUUCCCAACCUGCCGUUAACCAUCCACAGCGAUAUCGCAUCCGCCAGCCAUUGCACUUGGUUCCCAUUUCCUUUGCCAAGAUGCAUGAGCAGAUGGCCGUCCUGGUCACCUACCUGCGAGAUCAUAGGGUCACAUACCUUCAACUUCACCACUUGGCUGCUUGAAAUUGGUUCUACUCUUCCCUUACUUCUUUCCAGAACAACUCUUUCCCACCCCACCACCACCACCACCACCACCACCACCAUCACCACCACCCCUUUUUAUCCUGGUGUGAAACAAUGGUAAUUUGAUAUAUGGUAUUUAUAUUGGCAUUUCUCAACCCAGUGUCACUAGAUGUCACACGCAUUCGUGGUGCUUUGAUGUUUGCGAGUCUAACCUAUCAUUAAUUUGGUCAGAUGAGUAAUUGGAACAAAGGGAAACAGAUACUUGAUAUGAAAGCCAUAUGACAGUAGCUUGUGUCCUGGGGAAAACACAGUUUCUCCCUCUACUCACAACACUAAAGGGAAAA